CGCGCCCCUCUGCGAAAAAAAAAGGCGCCCUGUCGUGUCUUGCCUAAACGAGUCGCUGCAUCGGCCGCCACACGUGGUAAUGAGCUGGACUGAGCCGCGCCCUCGCACUACAACGACUUCACACCACUCAACCGACGCGUCCAUGCAAUCUGGCCUCGCACCGCCUCAACUCGAGAGUGUCUCAAUCCUCUUUGCUGCAGCAAGGUAGGCUGGCACCUAACCUCUGGCAAGAGCGUCCGUCCGUAUCCCUCUUGGCGCGGUUGCCUCCAUGCCACGCCUACGCACCCAAUUGAUCCUCAACACCGACGCCCGUCCGGCCACUCGGAUCGAGCAGUCAGUAUACUUGAGCUAGCACGCGCCGCGACCAUGGACCACGACCGGGAGUCGAUCGCCGGCGAGGGAUCGUCCCGCCAGAAUGGCGGCCGCAGUCUGUAUCGCCUCAAUUCCAAUCCCAGCAGCGCCAGCGUCUUCGAAGACGUUGAAAUGGCGCAGGACGAGCUCUACUCCGGCCCCAUGGCCGAGAGCCUUCCGACUAGCGUAUCUGCCUUUGCGCACCGCCGAUCGCGCGCCGACUCGGUCACCAGCUUCGCCUUUUACCAAGAUGAAGAAGAGCUGCUCCAGACCGAACAUGUGAUGGCCGAUGGCGCGGCCGACGCCGAGGACCUAGACGAGAUGCCCUUCCACCCGGAAGGCGAUGACGAGGAGGACUCGACCGACCUCGAGCGCGAUGCUGCCCAAAACGACUAUGUGUUGCACCGCCGAUCUUCGACGCAGUCGCGCUCCUCUGUUAACUCGAGACUGCUCCGCCGAGAUAGCGCCAUGACCGAAGGGAGCGCGUAUGGCAUGGGGCGCCACAGCCAGAAGCUCUACGUGGCUAGUGAAGACCUGACCAUUGUUGUGGCUGGUUUCCGGACGAGCCCGCUGGGCAUGGCCGCGUACGUCUCGAUUUGCUUCGCCACGCUUGGUCUGGGAUGGCUGCUGUUCCGCUGGCUGCCACGGUGGUACGUGAAGGUCGUGGGCCGGUCGUCACCGCUCCGUGAGUGCCAAUGGGUCGUCAUCGAAAACCAGUGGGGUGAGAUGACUAUCAUGGACGUCAAGAGCCGCCCCUACGGCCGGCCCCUGUCGACCGUCUUCGGCCAGCUGGGGAAACUGUCGGCCUACGCGCUCGAGGACGACUCUGACCCGAUCAUGACUGAGCUGCGCGUUUUGGACUACCGCUACAUCCGCUUCUACUUUCAGCCGCUCCGGGAUAAGUUCCUUCUCUGCAACGGCUGGAAAGACCCCAACUGGACCGAUGUGCGCACCAUCCGCUCGGGCAUCGACAGCGAGGAGAAGAGCCACCGCGAUAUCGUGUUUGGCGCCAAUCUGAUAGACAUUGAGCAAAAGUCCGUCUUCCGUCUGCUGGUCGAUGAGGUCUUUCACCCCUUUUACGUCUUCCAGAUUGCUAGCCUGGCGCUAUGGGCCGCAGACGAAUACUACUAUUACGCCAUUGCCAUCUUCGUCAUGUCUUUUGGCAGCAUCGUGGCGACUCUUGUCGAAACACGGGCGACCAUGCGCCGUCUACGCGAGAUCUCCCGGUUCGAGUGUGACGUGCGCGUCCUAAGGAAUGGGUUUUGGCGGUACAUUGCCUCUGGAGAUCUCGUCCCGGGAGACAUUUACGAGAUCAGCGAUCCAAACCUAGCCCAGUUUCCUGCCGACAGCCUGCUGCUUGGCGGAGACUGCAUCGUCAACGAAAGUAUGCUAACGGGCGAGUCUGUGCCCGUGUCCAAAAUACCGGCAACGGAUGAGACGCUGCACGACCUUGACCUGGCGGCUGCCACCCUGUCGCCCGAGCUGGCGCGCCACUUCCUCUUCUGCGGCACCAAGGUGAUCCGUGCCAGGCGGCCUCCCGGCGAGAGUGAGGCUGUUGCGCUGGCCAUGGUGGUCCGCACUGGGUUCAACACGACGAAGGGGUCACUCGUCCGGUCCAUGCUCUUCCCUAAACCGUCAGGGUUCAAGUUUUACCGGGACUCGUUCCGGUACAUAUCCGUCAUGGCCUGUGUUGCCCUCUUGGGCUUCGUAGCCUCCUUCAUCAACUUCCUCCGCCUCGGUCUGGCCUGGCGCCUCAUCAUCGUGCGCGCGUUGGAUCUAAUCACCAUCGUUGUCCCGCCUGCCCUCCCGGCCACGCUCCAGAUAGGAACAAACUUUGCUCUCAGUCGACUCAAGGCAAAAAAGAUAUUCUGUAUCAGCCCUCAGCGUGUCAAUGUCGGUGGCAAGCUCGACAUCAUGUGCUUUGACAAGACCGGCACGCUGACAGAGGAGGGCCUCGAUAUCCUGGGUGUCAGAGUCGUGAUAUCCAAAAAUGGCACCAAGCAGCUUUCACCCGCCCUGUCGGAUCCAAGUUUGCUUGCAGAGGCCAAUGCUGGCAAGGCCAAUGCCUCUCAGGAUAAUGUGGACAACCGCAAGGCUGCCCUGUUCACAAUGGCUACCUGCCACUCACUUCGGUCAGUAGACGGAGAGCUGGUGGGCGAUCCGCUAGAUCUCAAAAUGUUCGAGUUCACACGAUGGUCUUUCGAUGAAGGCGGCCAGGGUGAGGAGGCGGAUGGGGAGCCCGGGAGUCUGUCUCCGUCUACUGCGCGGCCCCCUUUUGAGAUGAAGCAAACGCUGGAUUGGAAGGACGCAAGUGGAAACCUUGUGGCUUUCCAGCUGGGUGUCCUCAAGUCUUUUGAGUUUGUGUCGCAGCUCCGCAGGGCCAGUGUCAUCGUCAAGACUUUUGGCCACCAAAGUGGCGACAUCUACGUCAAAGGAGCGCCAGAGUGCAUGAAGGAUAUCUGCAGGCCUGAGAGCUUCCCGACGGAUUAUGAUGAGCUCCUCUCGUACUACACUCACAAGGGUUACCGCGUGAUUGGGUGCGCAACCAAGCACAUCAAAAAGCUCAACUGGGUCAAGGCACAGAAGAUGAGGCGCGACGAAGUCGAAUCGGGACUCGAUUUUUCGGGUUUCAUAAUCUUCGAGAACAAACUCAAGCCGACCACGACGGCCGUUCUUGACGAGCUGCGGGAGUCGCAGAUAGCGACCGUUAUGGUGACCGGGGACAACAUAUUGACGGCCAUCAGCGUGGCAAGGGAGUGUAACCUCAUUCACAAGACGGCGCCCUGCUUCGUCCCAAGGUUUGUAGAAGGUCACUCCAGGGAUCCGAACUCUCAACUCGCGUGGGAAAGCAUCGACAACCACCUCUAUCGGCUGGAUGAUCAGACACUGCUGCCCCUGCCUCCACCACCUGACGCAGACGCCUCCAACCCCUACGAGAUUGCAAACAUGCGGGAAUAUUCGAUCGCGGUGAGCGGCGACGUAUUCCGCUGGGUUGUGGACUAUGCUCGCCCCGAAUUCCUCCACCGGAUGCUCGUUUGCGGCAAGGUGUUUGCCCGAAUGUCGCCUGACGAGAAGCACGAGCUUGUUGAGAAGCUUCAGAGUAUAGACUACUGCUGCGGCUUCUGCGGCGACGGCGCCAACGACUGUGGUGCUCUUAAGGCUGCAGACGUCGGCAUCUCGCUCUCCGAGGCCGAGGCCUCUGUAGCUGCGCCGUUCACAUCGAGGGUCUUUGACAUCAGAUGCGUGCCCGAAGUUAUCAGAGAAGGACGCGCCUCGCUUGUGACAAGCUUUAGUUGCUUCAAGUACAUGAGUCUGUACUCGGCCAUCCAGUUUACAUCGGUCAGCUUUUUGUAUGCAUCGGCUUCGAAUCUUGGGGAUUUCCAGUUCCUGUAUAUCGAUCUCGCUCUCAUUUUGCCUAUCGCUGUUUUCAUGAGCUGGGCUGGACCAUAUCCUCAACUGUGCAGCAAGAGACCCACGGCCGAUCUGGUCUCUCGAAAGGUCUUGACACCACUUAUGGGCCAGAUGUGCAUCUGCAUCCUCAUCCAGGGCAUCGCCUUUUUCACCGUACGAGAGAAGCCUUGGUUCAUACCACCCAAGGUGCAUCACAACAAGUCCAACAUCAAGAACUCGGAAAACACGACGUUGUUUCUUGUGUCGUGUUUCGAAUACAUCCUUGCUGGCGUGGUCCUCAAUGCUGGACGGCCGUUUCGGCAGGACAUGCUGAAGAAUUGGCCGUUUGUUGCGACGAUAUCCAUCGCAUGGCUUAUCACUGCGUACAUGGUGCUCUGGCCAGCGCAUUGGGUUGAGAAAGUGAUGCAGCUCACCAAAAUCAGCUGGGACUUCAAGCUCACCCUCGUCGCUCUUGGGUUUGUCUACCUAGCCAUCGCGUGGGUAGGAGAGCAUUAUGUGUUCAACAGGGUGGCCCAGGUAAUCGGGCGGGCGAAGCAAAUGACGACGGGCAAGCCCAAGAAGACAAAGAAGCAGUACAAGGCCAUCAAGGAACGAAUGAGGUUCUGACGCGGCAGUGGCGGCUCACUUUCACUGUGCUGGCUUGUCAUUGUCAUACUAACAUGUUUUUUUUUUUUUUUUCGGUGGCUCUGGCCGUUCGGACCCGACAAGCCGAGGGUAUAGGCCGAGUACGAGAUGUAUAGAAUUGGACAACAGACGGGUGCGUACUAUACGAUAAAAGCAUUGUUCUCACAGAUAUAUCGUGGCGCCAUUCUUGGCGCGGGCAUACGAAUACCUAGCAGAUUGAAGGUGGCA